AUGGGUUUUAAUCUAGCGGUUAAUUCUAAGAGGAAUUUCAAAUGCCCUUCAGGAUGCUCCUGCUCCAAGGAUACCAUCAUCUGCGUUGGCACAACGGCAAUGCCUCGAACCAUUCCGACUGAUAUCAAUUCUUUGAGCAUGGUGAAUGGUUCUAUUGCUGAACUCACAGAAGGGCUUUUCGCUCUCAUGCCAUCCCUUCAGCUGCUGCUUCUCAAUUCUAAUUCUUUGACCACAAUAAAAGAUGAUGCCUUUUCUGGGCUUUCUCGUCUUGAAUAUUUAUUUAUUGAAGGAAACAAGAUUGAAACCAUCACCAAAUACGCCUUAAGAGGUCUACGGGAUCUCACUCAUUUAUCCCUGGCCAAUAAUGGAAUGACUUUCUUGCCAAGAGAUCUCUUCUUUGACUUGGAUUCCCUGCUGGAACUGGACCUGCGGGGGAACUCCUUCCAGUGUAACUGUGAGACCCGGUGGCUGAUGGUGUGGCUGAAGAACACCAACGCCACCGCCUCCGACGUCCUCUGCUCCGGCCCCGGGGACAUGAAGGGCAAGAAGCUCAAUGACCUGCCGCUACCCCCCGGAGAGUGUAUCUCCACAGACUUCAUCCGUCACCAGGCUAUCCCCAUCCAAUCGAUGUCGGCGGACAUCUUCUCCUCUAAAGAGGACAUCUAUGUUGCCAUGGCGGCGCCUUACUCCAACAGCUGUGUGGUCAUGGAAUGGGACCACAUCGAAAUGAACUUCAGAAAAUUUGAUAACAUUACAGGGAAAUCGGUGGUGGGCUGCAAGUCGGUGGUGAUCGAGGACCACGUCCUGAUCCUGGUCACACAGCUCUUCGGCGGCUCCCACAUCUACAAGUUCGAAGCCGGGCAGAACAAGUUCACCAUGUUCCAGACCAUCGAGUUGUUCAACAUCUCCAAGCCCAACGACAUCGAGGUCUUCCAGAUGGACGGCGACUGGUACUUUGUCAUCGUGGACAGCUCCAAGGCGGGCAUCUCCACGCUGUACAAGUGGAUGGACCAGCCCGAGCGCAAUGAGACCGGCUUCUUCUCCUACCAGUUCCUCCACGAGUGGUUCCGCGACACGGACGCCGAGUUUGUCCAGCUGGACGGCAAGUCCUACCUCAUCCUCUCCAGCCGCUCCCAGGCGCCCGUCAUCUACGUGUGGAACAAAAGCACCCUGAAGUUCAUGCCCCACGGCGAGGUCCCCAUGGUGGACGAGGUGCUGGCGGUGCAGGCGUUCCGCGUGGGCGGCAGCGACACCUACCUGGCCUUGACCUGCUACAUCGGGGACUCCAGGGUGCUGAAGUGGAGCAGCAAGCAGUUCACCGAGGUGCAGGCGCUGCCGUCGCGCGGGGCCAUGUUGCUCCAGCCCUUCGCCUUCGGGGAACGCCACUACCUAGCCCUGGGCAGCGACUUCUCCUUCACGCAGAUCUUCCUGUGGGACGGCGAGAGCCAGAGCUUCGUGAAGUUCAAGGACAUCUACGUGCAGUCGCCGCGCUCCUUCACCGUGGUGAACACCGACAGGCGGACCUUCAUCUUCUCCUCCAGCUUCAAGGGGAAGUCCAUGGUGUUUGAGCACGUCAUCGUGGACUUGAGUCUGUAG